GAUGACUCCUUCCUCCUCGCCGGCUCCGAACCCAGGACGCAGGCGCCGAGCCCCCGAAGCCAACCCGGUGCCCGGUGUACGCCGCUCUCGGAGGAUUCAUCUGCCCGAAGUCGUUCGCAGAUUGACGUCGCCUCUGGAUCUUGGGCAGCGGGACGAGCAGCCCCGAGUGAGCCAUGGAGACCGACCAGCUCAGGUUGAACGAAAUGGCCUACCUUCACGUGCCGGACAAGGAACGCUCCAAGAGCCCGUCGCCCGCGGAUUCGCUAGCCUCGUCGGCCACCGACAUCUCGACUCUACCCAUCCACGACCGCAGCUUGCACCGCGGAGACGGCGAACACGGUCUGACGCGGCACCUGGUGUUCGCCAUCGCGGCGGCGGCCCUGGGUUCGGCCUUUCAGCACGGCUACAACACGGGCGUGGUGAACGCGCCCCAAUUGCUCGUUGAAGAGUUCAUCAACGACACGUACAACCACCGGUUCGAGGAGAGCGCGGGCGAAGGCACCGUCAGGUUCAUCUUCAGCAUCUUCGUGGCCAUCUUCUGCGUGGGCGGCAUGAUCGGCGGUCUGCUCACGGCCUUCGUGGCCGAGCGCUUCGGCCGCAAGGGGGGUCUCCUCCUCAAUAACAUCAACGUGCUGCUCGCAGCCGUCUUGAUGGGCAGUUCCAAGGCUGCCCGAUCGUACGAGAUGCUCAUCCUGGGCCGCUUCUUCGUGGGCCUCAACUCUGGCCUGAACGCCGGCCUGGCGCCCAUGUACCUGACGGAGAUCUCGCCGCUGCACCUUCGGGGCGCCGUGGGCACCAUCUACCAGCUGGUGGUGACCGUGUCCAUCCUGGCCAGCCAGAUCCUGGGCAUGCCCUCGGUGCUGGGCACGACGGACCGCUGGCCCUACUUGUUCGCCAUGACCAUCGUUCCGAGCGUCUUCAUGUUGGCCACCCUGCCGCUUUGCCCGGAAUCGCCUAAGUACGUGCUAAUCAACCAGGGCAGGGACGUGGCCGCCCAGCAGGCCCUCACCUGGCUCCGCGGGACCAUCGAGGUACACGACGAGAUGGACGAGAUGCGGGCCGAGUACGAGGCCAUCAAACUCGUGCCUAGGGUCACGCUUUACGAGAUGAUGCACAACCUGACACUACGCAUCCCUCUCGUCAUCUCUAUCAUGGUGAUGCUGUCGCAGCAAUUGUCCGGAAUCAACGCGGCCAUUUUCUUCUCGACGGACAUAUUCCGCUCGGCGGGACUGACCCCGGACGUUGCGAUGCAAGCCACCCUGGGCAUGGGCGCCGUCAACGUGCUCAUGACCCUCGUCUCGCUCGUCCUGGUCGAGAGGGCCGGCCGACGGACGCUCCACCUGGUCGGUCUCGGCGGCAUGGCUGUCAUCACGGUCAUCCUCACGCUCUGUCUAGCACUCCAGGAGAGUGUGCCGUGGCUGUCGUACGUCAGCAUCGUGGCUGUCAUCGGAUUUGUCGUCAUGUUCGCCACUGGGCCAGGCUCCAUUCCUUGGUUCCUGGUGGGCGAGCUGUUCGGCCAGGGUGCACGGCCCUUGGCCACCAGCAUCGCGGUGGGCGUCAACUGGAGCGCCAACUUCGUCGUGGGUGUGGGCUUUCUUCCGCUCACGGGCGUGCUGUAUCACUACACCUUCCUCAUUUUUACGGCGCUGCUGCUCUUCUUCUGGGUCUUCACGUACUACUUCGUGCCGGAGACGAAAAACAAGAGCGUGGAAGAGAUCUCGGCCCUGUUCCGGCAACGGGCCUACCACUGAGCUCCCAACGGCCGGCCAGUUCGGCCGUCGUCUAGCGCAAUAGCCAGCCGUCGCGCCCCCCUGCGAGCGACGGUCCAAUAACCGGGAUCCGGUGCCGUGCAAUAAGCGCGCCCCGCACCGGCCAACGCAAUCUACGUCAUCCCCACCGCGCCCAGGUGCAUCGUCGUCUCGAAUCUCAACAGCGGUCGAAGUGGCGUUGUCCCUUAGAUAAGAUCCUUCGCACCGUUUAUUUUAUUUCGUUUUGGUGCAGCUAGGAAGUGUCAUGGAAGAUGUGCAUUCGUGGACAGACGAGAGUGGAAUGCACGAACGCCGUUGUUUCUCUAGCUCGCUGAUGGCGUCACUCAGUGGCUGCAUGUGUACGUGGAGUUUGCAUGAGUUUUUAUAUCUUUCUUUAACACUUGUUUCACAAGCACACAUUUUACUUUAUGUUUCAAAGUAGCUUCUAGUAGGAAUGGCGGAGCGCCUUUAUCGCGUUGAACCUAUCUUUGUCCGCGAAUUGUGGUUUGGGAGUUGUUCGCACGUCAUCAAGGAAGAGUGUGGUAGCUAAAGGACAAUGUCGGCAAUCGUUGUCUGUGUGUAUGGGAUUCUUGUGAGAACUUGUAGAAACGCUCCCAAAGCUGUGAGAAAGGAGAAAAAAACACAUAUGGAACAGCCUGCUGAAACGUUACGUCCAUGCUUCGUAUAUCGGCAUGCUUUAGCUGUUUUUUUUUUCUCUUCUUUUUUAACUCGCGCAUUAUAUUUACACUUGUUGUUUUAGGGCGCGGCGCUACUUCGCUCUUGUCAUUUAUCUAGGAACUUUUUUAACUGUUAUUUCGGUCAUUGCCGUUCUUAACGUCGUUUUCUUUCUUUUUUAGGAAUUUCUCAUUUUCCAUUGGGGUACGGAAGCGCGAGAACAAACAGGACCACAGUCGCUGGAAGUCUGUGAUCACUCUUUGAUAGAGAGCGAGGAAGAAUGUAGUUAAUAGGCCUCGUAGCUGAGGCGUCGAGUCGAGCCUGUUGGUAGCUAGAGGCGCGUCAACGAACAAAUUUAUUUGUUGUCCGUAACCUUUGCCACCCUUCAGAUAGCGGGCAGAGUUGAUGCGCACACACUGUCCCCACUAUUCGUAGGCACGACUGAGAAAUAUACGUGUCGUCGUGUAUCAACUCCGUCGUUCGUUUUUGCUGAAAUAGUCUCGGGAGAAAGAGCGCGCGUAACGGUGUGUGGAUUGUUCAGUGUUGUACUGAAUGAUGUGAGAGCUUCGCAGGACUUGUCGUAGUGGCUUCUGCCACGUUGGUACGCGUCCCUCGCACCACUGAGAUUACUCGGCUGGGCCUGCGGCCUACUACUUACGUUGCAUGUCGAGAUAUUUUCGUUUGCUUUGAUGCUCUCAGCGAAACCGAACUUGUUGGGUGGGCAAGGUUACUACCUCGCAUUUCCUUCCGAAAUACGAAGUGUGAGCUGCAGGAAUUGUGGACAAAUUUCUAAUGUCUUGUUUCGGCGGAUUGCGACAGCAAGACGGUGGUACUGGCGUCGGAUGGACUCGUAAUCCCUCAGAGAGUGAAUCUGGAGGUGACUAAGGAAAGGAACAAUUGUGUUUUGUGGAUGGUGCUCAUUUUGAAUGUAGUCGACUUUAGCAGAAUGGAAACAGGCGUGCAUAAUAAUGUUGGUGCAAGAUUGCAUGACCUAGGUUACGCGAAAUGUCUCAUCAGACAAGUUUGGUUUUCUCCAGCAUAGUGAUGAGCGCAGUGUCAAACAGGGGGUGCUAUGUUUACCCUAGGAAACCGGGAAAUGUCAGUGAAAGGGAGGCCACUGUUUUUUUGCGAAUAGUGAUUUGAACAUCGACACUCCGCAUCCCGAGUGGAGGAAAGCAAAACCGGCGCCCCUCUGACCUUUCCAACCUGGUGGCGCAAACGUAGCACCUCAAAGAAAACGGAUGGACCGGCGCGCUAUAUGGUCGCGCAAAAGACAAAAGUAAAAAAAAAAAAAAAAAAGAGUCGAAAGUUGUACAAAUUGUUCCCAUGCUAUUUAUUCGCGUGAAUGCUGUGUCGCGGGUAGACAGGAAUACUCCUUCGUGGCGUUCACAGGGAGACUGUAGUCCCCAACCUUGUGAUGAUCCCCCUUUGUAAACCUUGUCCUUUUUUUUUCGUUUUGAAGACGCCCAUUGUACAUUAGAAACGUAAUAAGAAAAUCUUGUACAUUGUUGUUCCAGUGUGUCGGCAUAGCCGUGUGAUUCCCGUACCCUGUCGCCUGCAUCGCAGUGUUAAAGGAAAACGCACUGCGGUUCUCCACUUGCAUAAAGCUUGUUGUGUGUGUGUAUGUGUGUGAAAGCCACGAUGUAGGUGAGGUGGUUUGUGACUCCGACGCUCCAACGCAACUUAAGCAUAAAACAGAAGGGACAAAGAGUGAAGGACAAUGUUUAGCUGCUUUCUGUUAAAGUUACCAUAAUUUAUGGCAAGUUUGAGAUUAACUUCCUCCGAAGGUGUCUUUCAGAGCAAUGCGUCACGUGCCAUUCAUUACCUUUUGCUAUAAUUCGUGGAAAGAUUUGUAAUUCUCCGGCAUGUUUUUACCCAAUCUUCGGCGCAUGUCAUGUGCCUGUGCAGCCAAAGUGCUCUUGAGCCUUAAAAUUGAGGAACUGAAGCAUGUGACGUACUAUCAAAACACAAGGUCCGUAGUGCAAUAUCUAGAAAUACGUAAAAAGAAAAGAAAAAAAAGUUUGAUUAUGUACAAAAUAUAUAAAAGGGUGGGAGAGGUCGCGACAGCAGAAUCGAAAGGUUUGUUGUCGCUGGUUUCGCGUAUGGAACAGAUUUCUAUUGAAAGUGGCGCCAUGUUAAACUUGCGGUCAGUCAAACCUCAGUUUAGAGAUGUUGCUAGCAGGUGACACAAUUCGCGCGCCCGAAGAAAAAAAAUUUUAAUAUGAUAAUAUGCAAUGAAACAAAACAAUACUCAUAAGUUACAGCUUGGUAUAAAGCAUGUUGAACAUUGCUUUGCUUUAUAUCUCUUAAAAUUGCACAGACGUGCCAAAAUUGGGUUCCUCUUCAACGUGUCCUGUCAUUUUCAGCAAGCCAAUAACGCUUGUGCAGUAAACCAAUAUAAAAAAAAAAAACAAGCGAGCAAGCGAAAUAUUAACAAUUUUUUGAUUGCUCGCGAGAGAAAUAAAAGGCAGAAAAAUUGUGGUUACUGUUCGGAACACAAAGCUGCCCAAUUUCGUCCUCCUCACUUCACUCGUCCGGUGCUUAUCGGGUUUUCCUCCUCUUCGCAACAUUAUGUUCUCUUGAAUCUGUUCUCACCAUAUCUAUCGCGUCAUAAGCAGGAACAUUCCUGUAAGCAGGUUGUGCAGCUAACCGUUAAAAGCGUUGUGCACCUCAUUGCGUUUCCGUUUCGCAUGCUUCGCUGUUGAUCGACUGACUGGUGGCGUCACCCGCAUAGUGCAUCUUCCAGCUAGGGCUUUAUAGAUGUGGGGAAAAGGCAGUGAAAAUAGUGGAGAAAGGAAGAUCAUAUUUUUGGAAGAUCUUCGAUCAGGCGACAGGCGUUCACGGAGUAUGUACAUAGAAACCGGGCAGCAUUUAUUUUUGAGAACAUGAUUGAUUAGGACAGCUAUACGGAUGCGCUAGGGAGCCGGGCAUCAUGUGGCUGGGGGAGUAAUCCCUUCGCCGUAGCCGGUGUCCUCGCACGGGGAUCAUGCUGUUUACACUGUUGAAAGUAGUUGUAUAUACGUUGCGGUAAUAAAAAGAAACGAAAACGUGCACUGUA